AUGUCAGAUCUAGAAUUGAAACCGAAUCAACCAACAUUUGUGGCUGAGAAUCCACCUCAAGGACUUGGUGAAAUUGAACUUGAUGGGUUGCUUGCUCAAAUUACCCAAGGAGAUAAGGAUAUCAAUAAAUUGCAUAUAUAUCAUGCAAUAUUUAUCCUAUCCAAAACUUUGCAUUCUAUUAUCCAAUUGCAACAAAAUCCUGAUUUAUGUCAUACUUUUAGAACUCAAUUAUUAAAAAAAAUGGGGUUUAACGAAGAUGAUUUAAUCAAAAUCAGUGAAAACAAAUAUAAAAUAAGUACCACUCCAAUUCGUCGACCUGAUAGUCCUUCACUUUCACCUCCCUUGAAGUUUGCCAAAUUGAAUAAUCGUCCGAAUUUUGAAGAUGAAGGGUUCACUAAUACCUAUGAUACAGUGGCUGAUUAUUUAUUAAGAGAGGGUGGGAAUCCUGAUUCAAUGUCAAAAGAUGAAUUGGAGGUUCAAAUACCGGAUUUACCACAAGAUUAUGAAUCCGUAUAUGAAGAUAAUAUCGAUGAUAUCAAAUAUCAUGAUACUGAUUCAAAUGAUAACAAAAUUGAUGCCCCAUUUAUCCCACUUGAACAAUUAUUACCUGAUUUAAAUUUAGAUGUAUUAAAAAAUCCAAUCACUGAUAUAAAUCUUGAUAAUCUCAAAUCAGAAAUCUUGCGAUCUACAAAACGUAGUCAAAAUACUCAUUUACUCAAAAUAUUUAAUUUAAUCAAAAUCCCACCAUUAUCAAUUGAUGAUUUCUUACUUAGAAUCAAACAAUAUUCCCCGUCUAUUUCGGUAAGUUCUUAUAUCCAUUCUGCAUUCAUCAUGUUCAAAAUGACAAUAUUAUUAGAUUUGAUACCCUUGACUAUGAAUAAUGUAUACAGGUUCAUCGUGGCUUCAAUUAGAUGUUCUUCAAAGAAUAUUGAAGAUAUGUAUCAAAGACAAAAAGUAUUUGCGACAGUGGUAGGUGUAAGUUUAAAAGAUUUAUUUCGAUUAGAGGUUGGCUUUUUAUAUCUUUGUGAUUUUAAAGUAAUAAUUGGGGAAUUAAUGUUGAAUAAAUUUUUAAAAGAUGAAUUCAGUGAUUUAUGUUUAUUCAUGAAGGAAAAUUUCCAAGAAGGAUUAUGA